UCCGAGUGCUGUAUUCUUUCAUUCCUUCUGGCAUUAUCGACGCUGAGAUGUUGAGAUUGACGAUUGUUUCUGCAGCAUUGGUGUGGAUAGCUUUGCUUAACGCCAAGAUGUUGAAAGUCCGAAAGACUCAUGACCCAGGAAGCUGUUCAGAAUUUAAUCAUGGCGAAAUGAUAUUGGUAAAAAACCGUGAAAACAGGGAUAUGAUAUUAGUUUGUACAGAAGAUGAUGAAGUCUAUAGUUGGAUGAAAACUGACAAUUCCAAACCUCACGGUGAGUUCUUUAAUCCUGGUUACGACUGCUUGGACAUUCUAAAUAAGAACACUAAAUCAAAAGAUGGAUAUUAUUGGGUGGAUUUCGAUUUGGGGAAACCAAAAAAGGUCUACUGUGACAUGACAACAGAUGGUGGUGGGUAUAUAUUGUUUGGUUACUUAAAUGACACAGCGAUGUGGGCCAUCCCGACAAAUAAUAGAACUGUUAAACCAUUUGGUGAUUCACAUUGGUCCAGCGAGUUUGGGAAUGUUCCUAUUUUGGAUUUCAGAGUUCAGAUUGCCACUAGCAAUGAUUUUGAAAAAACCAGAGCACACUGGGCAUUUCGUUUUAAGGACAAACGUCGCUUGAGAAAUUUGAUGAUCGCAUAUCAAGGCUGUCCGAGAAAUUUUCCUGGUAUUGGAGAUGUGUCUUCUGUCAAAGAUUUGAUGACGAAUGAAAUUGUUUCGAAAGAGUUCUCUUGCUCAAUAUUUGGCUCGUACUCUUACCCCGUUGUAAAAGGUGGUUCGACAAAGAUGAAUCGUUGUUUAAGAAGACCAUGCCCAUAUGGACUUGCUUAUCCUUGGAAGCCAGCUAGAAUUGAUUUCUCUGGUGGAUUCAGUUAUGGCAGCAAGGGUUACAGUAGUAAUAGACGUUCAACCGCAUUCUUUGGUUGCGAAAGAGGAAAGUGCUGUGCAUGUUAUGGACCACGUGGUGGACGAAAUAUUUACUGUCUCAGAGGAUGUCGUGCAACAAAUGGUGGUACAGUAAUAAAACGUGCAUCAGCGUGGCUCUGGGUCAGAUUAAAUCCCCCUGAGAAAGUCUGGGCGAAAUGUAUGGAGUAUUGGAGUGAAAGAAAGAAUGGCGCGAGUGGCUGGUAUAAAUUAGAAGGAGACAGAAAUAUUCCUGUCCCGGGAAGAUGUGGAAAAAAUGAACCAUUGAUGAAUGAUGGCGUGGUUGUCGUAGAAAACUUGCAGGAUGUUCCAGAAGUCACCGGAUUGUUGGCCUUUCGCAUGGAUAAUCAAACUUUGAAUGUCAGAGGCAACGAGACAUGGAAAGCUCUUGCUGAAGAGGAAAAGGUUACGCAAGAUGUUUCGCAGAUUAACGAUAAGCUAACAAAUAUGAAGAAAAGGUUAAACAAAUUGGAAAUUAAGACGGCGAGAAAUUUCAGAUAUUGGAAGGUACUGCAAUCUGAUGUUUGGAAGCUUGUGGCUCGUUUUUCAAAUCGUGACAAAAAAAAUUGGAUGAAAGAUGCGAGUUUUUGGUAUGACCAAAUGUCGUCUUACGGUAACACACAAGAUCCAUCCGUCAACCAGGACAUGAUAUCUGAAGCUUUUUGGAAAACACACGGAAAUGAUAUAAAAAUUACACGAAGCGAUGAUCCAACGCAUACGGCAUUGUUACAAACAACCAACGGUUGUCUUGAAGGGAAAACGUUCCGGGAGUUUAUCACUUCUUUUGGAAACUUCCGGAAUGGAAACACUUGGUCGUAUAACAAAUGCCUGAGUAAAUGUGCGAUUAAAUAUGGCGGGUUAUACCGGAGUACGACUGGAUUUGAAAUGAACCGAUGCAGCAGUGAUCUCCAAAGCAGCAACUAUAUUGGGUUUUGGUGUUAUUGGCGGGGUGAUGGUGUCGUGAUGAUGAUUGGUGGAGGUGGCAGCCGUUGUGGUAGAGCAGAUCAUGGGAUUGGAAUAACAGAAGCUGAUUCGGCAAUUUUUGGAGAGGUUGUAGCCUACGCAGAUUUCGGUUAUGAGCCAGGUCAUGGCUACUAUUAUGUCGAAAACAACCUUCAAAGAGAAUACGCUUUAAAUUUGUGGGUCCAUUGAAUUCAUAUAAUAGAGUAUCCAUUUAUAAGUUGAUUUGGCUCUUGCUGCAGGAUAUUCAGAUUUGAUAUAAUCCUAAAUAUAUUCCAAAUACUCGAUAAAUUCCACAAUCAUCAUAUCUACUGUGCUUAGAAUUGGAUCUUGCAUGACUAGAAAUCGUGGACAAUGCGCCCGAUGCUUUU